CACUUGUAAGCCUCGCGGCCUUCUCUCUUCCCUUUACAAACAGGCAGCUGAACCGAUCCAGAUCUCACUCGCAUUUGACAAUUUCUCUCUCUUCCUCCCCACACCUCCGCUGAUCGCCGGCGACUCCCAUCGACUGACAUUGGUCGUCCAACGAGACCAGUCCGAGCAAAGGAUGAACGCGGCGGCGGCGGUGGGAGGAAGACAGAUGGAGCGAUCGGGCCAUCAACACCAACGGCAGUAUUCUCCCGAACAGUUCCUUGUCGAUUCUUUCUCUUCAGGCGGCGGCGGCGGCGGCGGGAAGUGGAUGCAGAGCCUGCCGGCCCCCGGUUUCUCUUCUUCGAAGCAGGUGGAGUAUUCGAGAAUGCUACGGAGCGCGCAGAGGGGAAUGAGAGGUGAGUUCAUGCUGUCCAUGGAUCCCUCGACUCCGCCAUUGAGCUCCGGCCGGAAGAAGACCGGCGAUGAUGUCUCGCCGAGUGAGCUUAGUCCAGGAAUCUUGGAUCUCCAUUCGUUCGACACUGAGCUGCUAACGGAUAUACCGGCUCCAGGAUUAUGUGAUGAUGCGGCGUCAUUUGGGCUUGCGCGAGAGCGUAGCCUUGCUGACUCGGAUUCUAACAUUUAUUCUAUCAAGCAGUUUGGGAAGACUCCUCCCACGGCAGAAAAUAUUAUCUCGAAGGGUUUUCCAUUAGAGAAGGACAAGCCUGGUUCUGUUGCCAAGAUUAAAGUAGUGGUGCGGAAACGGCCACUUAAUAAAAAGGAAAUAGCAAGAAAAGAGGAAGAUAUCAUCUCAAUUGAACAACAUACGAAUUCUCUCACAGUUCAUGAGACCAAACUGAAGGUUGACCUUACAGAAUUUGUUGAGAAGCAUGAAUUUGUGUUUGAUGCUAUACUCGAUGAGGAUGUCUCAAAUGAUGAAGUAUACCGUGAGACAGUGGAGCCAAUAAUCCCAGCUAUCUUUCAGCGCACAAAGGCAACUUGUUUUGCGUAUGGACAAACAGGCAGCGGGAAAACUUACACAAUGCAACCGCUACCACUUCGGGCGUCUCAAGAUAUUCUAAGAUUAAUGCAUCAUACAUACCGGAACCAGGGAUUUCAAUUAUUCGUUAGUUUCUUUGAGAUUUAUGGUGGGAAGCUUUUUGAUCUGCUAAAUGAUAGAAGAAAACUUUGCAUGAGAGAGGAUGGUAAACAGAAAGUUUGCAUAGUAGGUUUGCAAGAAUACCGUGUGUCAAAUGUCGAGACCAUCAGGGAGCUUAUUGAGAAGGGCAAUGCAACCAGGAGUACUGGUACAACUGGCGCAAACGAGGAGUCCUCUCGAUCCCACGCCAUACUUCAGCUUGCUAUUAAGAAGUCAGUAGAUGCCAACGAAUCAAAAAAUUUCAGGAGGUCAGCCGACAACAACGAAUCAAAACUAGCUCGAAUCAUAGGCAAGAUGUCAUUCAUAGACCUAGCUGGCAGUGAACGAGGCGCGGACACAACCGAUAAUGAUAAACAAACUCGAAUUGAAGGUGCCGAGAUCAACAAAAGUUUGCUUGCCUUGAAAGAAUGCAUCAGAGCUCUUGAUAAUGAUCAGGUUCAUAUCCCUUUCAGAGGGAGUAAAUUGACUGAAGUUCUGAGAGACUCAUUUAUUGGAGACUCGCGCACGGUUAUGAUUUCAUGUUUUUCUCCAAGUUCUGGUUCAUGCGAACACACACUGAACACACUGAGAUAUGCUGAUAGGGUGAAGAGCUUAACUAAGAGUAGCAAUCCUAAGAAGGAAAUACCAAAUCUAAGGGUCUCAACUGUUGUGCCCCUAUCUUCAGUUUUACCCACUUACUCAGCUCCUGAAACCAUCAAUGAAACAAGUAAGCUUGUCUCAUCUAAGCGUGCCACAAAAGAAACUUCUCCACCAUUAAACAUGGAGCCUGCUGUGAGAGAGGACAUACGAGUAGCAUCUUCUUACUCGAACCACUCUAACCAAAGUAGAGGUUCCAGCACUCCUGAGGAGUACGAUGCCUCUGGCAGCGCUUAUGAGCGAGGCAAACAGUCCUCGAGGAAGGCGGAGUCAUACUCGGUAGCAGGGCUUGAUGAUAGGGCUCGGAGAGUUACUGCCACACAGAUAAAGAGAACUGAUAUUUAUGACAUGGAUGCAAAUAACUUGGAGAAGACUCGGAGAGCUACUGCCAUACGGACAAAGCGAACUGAAAUUUACGAUAUCAAUGCGAAUAACUCAAAUUCAGAUGAUGAAUUGAACGACCUUUUAAAGGAAGAGGAUGAUCUGGUAAUUGCUCAUAGAAGACAAGUUGAGGAGACCAUAAAUAUUGUUAGGGAGGAGAUGAAACUACUGGAGGAAGUUGAUCAACCUGGUAAUCAGCUCGACGAGUACAUUACAAAAUUAAACGUCAUUCUAUCCCAAAAGGCGUCCGGAAUAGCGAAUUUACAGGCAAGAUUGGCUAGUUUUCAGAGGCGUCUGACAGAACAAAAUGUUUUAAUUUCCUCCCCGGCUCCAUGAGUUGUUCUGUGCUGAAAUGAAAUAGGGAACAAGUAUCUGUGGCUUUUAGCUCAGUGCUGCUAUGGUCUUAAUAUGAUCAGUGGUGAACAUAGCUGCAGUAUGUGCUGCAUAUUUGUUCUGUUGUGGGGAUGAUGGCUUCAUGUUUUAAAGUUGAGAUUUUUGUCUCUUUUUAUUUCCAUUUUUUAUUAUUAUAGAUGUGGCAUUGUUUCAUUAUGUUAAUGAAUGAUACUAUAGAGCUAUUUGUAUUAUGAUUUACAGGUUAAGAUAUGGAAGACAUGACUUUGUUUGUUA